CUUCCGGGGCGGAGCUCUCUGUUCUUUUCCCUACCUUGGGGGAAAUGUGGGUUGCUGGCACAUUGAAAGUUCGCGAUUGCUUGGCUGCUACUUCCGUCACUCUGAGACGGUGCUUGAAAUUGGGAGCGACCAUGGCAAAGAGCAAAUUCGAGUACGUGCGGGACUUCGAGGCUGACGACACAUGCCUGCCCCACUGCUGGGUGGUGGUACGGCUGGACGGCAGGAAUUUCCAUCGGUUUGCUGAGAAACACAGCUUUAUAAAACCUAAUGACAGCCGUGCUCUUCAUCUAAUGACCAAAUGUGCCCAAACUGUAAUGAAUGAACUGGAGGAUAUUGUGAUUGCAUAUGGACAGAGUGAUGAAUACAGCUUUGUGUUCAAGCGAAAAAGCAAUUGGUUUAAAAGAAGAGCCAGUAAGUUUAUGACUCACGUGGUUUCCCAGUUCGCCUCCAGCUAUGUGUUUUAUUGGCGGGAUUACUUUGAGGACCAGCCCCUUCUGUAUCCCCCAGGCUUUGAUGGAAGAGUCAUAGUGUAUCCUAGCAACCAGACUCUAAAGGACUAUCUCAGCUGGCGGCAAGCAGAUUGUCACAUCAAUAAUCUUUAUAAUACCGUGUUCUGGGCACUUGUGCAGCAGGCUGGCUUAACACCAUUACAAGCCCAAGAGAGAUUACAGGGAACUCUUGCAGCAGACAAGAAUGAGAUUUUAUUUUCUGAAUUCAACAUCAACUACAAUAAUGAGCCACUGAUGUAUAGGAAGGGGACUGUGUUGAUAUGGCAGAAGGUGGAGGAAAUCACAACAAAAGAAGUUAAGCUGCCAGCAGAAAUGGAAGGAAAAAAGAUGGCGGUGACCCGGACCAGGACUGUGGUGGUGCCCUUGCACUGCAAUAUCAUUGGGGAUGCUUUCUGGAAGGAACAUCCAGAGAUCCUGGAUGAAGACAGCUGACCCUUUGCUUUUCAGUCCUGGCGUGCUUAACCAUCUCGGCCCCCAAGUCUCCUGGCCUUUGCUGGCCCUAGCCUCUGUGCCAUGCAGAAGUCUCCUGGGAGUGACAUGCCUCUGGUUGGGAGGGGAGCGGAGAGAAAAGGGGUGGAUGUGGGUGGUGUAUCUUGUUCUGCUUUAAGUGGAACACCUUUUUUGCAGUGUUCAAACGUGGUUCCUUUGGUAGAAGUAUAUUUAAAAAAAAAAAUUGUGGUACUCUUUUUAUGAAGCAAGAACUAUGUUAUGCCUUGUAGAUGAAUCAUUUUUAGAUUGUGGCAUGGGUCUUAAAAAAACCUGUCAAGCUUUUUUCACCUCUGCUGGAAGAUGAGCCCAAACUUUACUAUCGCCUGCUCUUUCUUUACCACAGAAUCCAGUGACCCCGGUCACCUCACCUUUCCCACCCACCUAAUUGCAUUCGUCUUUGGCAGACCUGGAACUAGUAUAGGUUGAUGCCUUCCCAGUGCCUCUGAAUGCAGGAAUUCCAGGGCAAACUCAGGGCUUUGUGCCAUUGUCCAAGUUGGCAACCUGCGCUGAACUAACGAGUUGUAGCUUGGGUGUCCUUCAUAAAUAUUGCGUGCACUGAUUUUGUGGAGUUGUCAGCAUGACCCUUAUCUCACCAGGGGCGGUGAUCACAAGGCUGCUUACUCUUUCUCAGGAGAAAGAGAGUUACAUGUCUAUAUGGGAGAAGGAAAAGGUGAGAUUGAAUGAGCCAGGAGGAAGAUACUGUCGUCUUGGCACUUCAGUUUUGAAAGUCACCUUCCUGUUGGACUUCCUGAAAAAGAUUCUCAGGUAGCCUCUGUAUAAUAAAACAAUGGCAUUUGACUUGGAGAGCAGAGGGACCAACACUCAUCUUUGGGUCACAGGUAGUAGAGGAGCCCUAAUUGUUCUACCUGCUGACGUGGAGUUGGGCGAGGAACCACAGGAACUGCAUGUUGCUCGUGGCCUCCGAAGGGGAGGUGGUAGAAAACUCACAUUUCCUUUUAUGUUCAUUUCAUAUUUUAGAGGGAAAAGAUUAAUUUGGCUCUAUAAAGAAUUAAUUAAAAGCCCACAUCACAGUGCCUGGUCUUAAACUGUAGAAUUUACAGCCAAGAAAAUGUAUUUUUGAAAGAGCGAUGGCUGGUCUCAUCUCACUAAUUGACACCCCAUCUGUUGACGCCUUUUUUUCCCUCCCUGUUCUCACUCCAUGGGAAUAGGAGACAUGGCUUACAGUUGGUAAUUGAUAAAAUUUCUUUGAAAAGAAAAAAAAUAAAGGUUUCAACUCCCUUGGCCUAA